AUGACCCAGAAGCCGGUUAAUUUUUUAGUAGUAGAUACUACUGCAUUUCUGCAAAAUGCUCCAUUACAGGACGUCGCAGGGAACAUAAUAACUUGCCCGGAAGUUGUCGACGAAAUCAAGAACAAAAGGCAGCUGAGACGUCUCAUCGUACUUCCCUACGAUUUGAUCGUAAAAGAAGUUUUCCCCGAAAGCGUUCUGGCCGUGACAGAGUUCUCGAAGAAGACCGGAGACUAUCCCAGUUUGUCGGCCACCGAUAUCAAAGUUCUGGCUUUAACUUACCAAUUGGAGAAAGAGAAAGUGGGAACGGAACAUCUCAGAAAGGAACCCGUCAUGCGUAAAGCCGAGGUCACGACUCAAAAUAUGACCAUGGAAAUGCAAGCAGAUGUAACUGGAUUUUUUAUACCAAAAUCAGAUGGUAAAGAGAAUGAUGAAGAAAACGAAUCAUCAGGCGAUGAAAUCGAACAUCCUACAGAAAACGAGGAUGAAUUAAAAGAAAAGUUUGGUGGUACAGAGGCAGAAGAGAUUCUAGAAAAACUAGAAGAAUUAGAACUAAAUGGGAAUUUAGAAGCAGACAAUUUAUUAGUACCUGUAAAAACCGAAGAAAAGUCGAGCUCUAGUAGUAAUGAUACUGAAGAAGAAGAAGACGAUGAUGAUGAUGGCUGGAUAACACCAUCAAACGUUAAAAUUGCCAAGCAACAAGUUAAUUCUAAGUUGAUAGAAGAGAAGCACGUUGAAGUUGCAUGCAUGACAACGGAUUUUGCAAUGCAAAAUGUCCUUAAACAAAUGAAUCUGAAUGUAUCAGCUUUAGACGGAAGACUCAUAAAGCGAUUAAGGACAUUCAUACUGCGUUGUUAUACUUGCUUUAAAACAACGAGCAUUAUGACUAAGAAAUUUUGUCCCAAAUGCGGCAAUAACACCUUGAAAAGGGUAUCUGUAUCAUUGGACGAAGAUGGGAAAAUGCAAAUACACAUUAAUCCAAAUAAACCUCUAACAGCCAGAGGAAAGAAGUAUAGUUUGCCUAGGAUUAGAGGCGGGAAACACCCUAAUAAUCCUAUUCUAGUCGAAGACCAACCAAUGCCGCAAAAUAGGCCUAGUAGACUUGCUAAAACUAAAAAUAAUCCUUUAGAUGAUGAUUACAUAGCAGGAUUCUCGCCUUUUGUUACCAGAGAUGUCAACUCCAGAUCUGCAAAACUCUGCAUAAGACCUGAUCAAGAAGUAAAAUAUUGGAUGAGCAAAAAUCCAAACGAGUCUAGAAGACGAAAAAAGUAA